GGCGUACACGUACUUUCAACCGGUUAGUAAAUACUCUCCGACGAGAACCGUAAAUGCAGUCCGUUGAAGUUUGUCAUAAAUAAUCGAAUCGCGUUAGAAGCAAUGACCGUCGCCGUUACUCUAUCGGAGGGGAAACCGCCUUUCGGCGGCACGAUUCCCACACAGGAAGAAACCUGUCCGAAGAGUGCCUGUAGCAUCAGAAUCAAAAAUAGUUAUCUCAGAUCGAAAAGCGGUAUUCUACAAAUUGCACAAAUUCUUUUUGGAAUCGUGGCACUAGCUCUAAUCCGUCGAACCAACGAGUACAUUAUCUCAUUCCUCUUCAUGUAUUUGACGUUCAGCAGUUCGCUGCUAAGUGCGGCGAUUCUCUGGGAUGGACUGAGUGAUGGAAAACUACGGAAGGUGUUCGAUCUACAGCCAGCAGUUUGGACCAAAUGGGUACUGUACUUCACUGGCAUUGCCGGAUUCCUGUACUGUCUAAAUUCAAUCGGAAUGGUGGGCUUCUUCAUUUGGGUUCGGAUCCCGGAGACGAACAUUUUGGCUGGGGUAUGCGGAAUUUUUGCAUGUCUGGCGUAUGCGUACAACUGGUUUGUGCUGUACAAGGCCUGGAUUAGAGCCGGUCAGGAGCAGAACGCAAUGGAACAGAGCCCAUAGACGGUAUAACGACGCCGCGGAGAGCUUUCUGGAUUAAUUUGGUACUAUAAAAAUAAGAUAUUAUACGAUCUUUCAAAAAAGUAUUAAAAAACUGUGGUG